CGCUCUCUCUCUGUUUGUGUGAGAAGGAGGGGGAAAAAAACGGGUUCGGGCCCCGCCGCUGACACAAGGAAGAGGCGCGGCCUAUCGACGCCGGGAAGCGGCCGCGGUGGCGAGGAUCGAACCGUGGUUCGUCUGGCUUGUAUUUCCUCUCAGGCGGGCGGGCUGGCGGCCGGCCGGCCGUGGCUCUCUCUAGGCCGAGAGGAAGGCGGAUGGCGGCAACAUCCGGGGCUUCUGGGGCGGCGAUCGUGGCGACGGCGGGCGCGGGAUCAGGCGCGGCCCCGGCUCUCUACGCCUGCACCAAGUGCAACCAGCGCUACCCUUUCGAGGAGCUCUCCCAGGGACAGCAGCUCUGCAAGGAAUGUCGGAUUGCGCACCCCAUUGUAAAAUGUACUUACUGCCGAUCAGAGUUUCAGCAAGAGAGCAAAACUAAUACAAUAUGCAAGAAGUGCGCCCAAAAUGUGAAACAAUUUGGAACGCCAAAACCUUGUCAGUACUGCAACAUCAUUGCUGCUUUUAUUGGUACAAAAUGUCAGCGCUGUACAAACUCUGAAAAAAAAUAUGGACCACCUCAGACCUGUGAACAGUGUAAGCAGCAAUGUGCUUUUGACCGCAAAGAAGAAGGAAGAAGAAAGGUUGAUGGGAAGCUGUUGUGUUGGCUUUGUACUCUGUCCUACAAGAGAGUACUGCAGAAGACCAAGGAACAGAGGAAGAACUUAGGGUCUUCACAUUCUAAUUCUUCUACAUCUAUUACUGAAAAAGACCAGCAUCAUUUGAAACACCACCAUCACCACCGUCACUCCCACCACCAUCACCACCAUCAUCACAGCAGCGGCCAUCACAAAAUCAGCAGUCUGAGCCCAGAAGAAGAUCAGGGGUUAUGGAAGCAGAGCCAUAAAUCCUCUUCAGCUAUUCAGAAUGAAACUCCAAAGAAAAAGCCCAAAAUGGAAUCCAAGCCAUCUAAUGGAGAUAGCUCUAUAAAUCAGUCAGCAGACAGCGGAGGUACCGACAACUUUGUCCUAAUAAGUCAGUUGAAAGAAGAAGUGAUGUCACUGAAACGUCUUUUGCAACAAAGAGAUCAGACUAUACUGGAGAAGGAUAAAAAGCUGACUGAGCUGAAGGCGGAUUUUCAGUACCAAGAGUCGAAUUUAAGAACCAAGAUGAACAGUAUGGAAAGAGCUCAUAAGGACACUGUAGAACAACUACAGGCAAAGAACAGAGAGCUUCUCAAGCAGGUGGCAGCAUUGUCAAAGGGCAAGAAGUUUGACAAAAGCGGGAAUAUGCUGACAUCACCAUAAGAAGAUGGUGGUUUGCGUGGCUAUUAAUCUCGGAAAGGUAAAUCGACUCUGGGGAAACGCCAUAGAAACAAACCUUUUGCCGUGCAGAGUUGGUGGCAUAGUUCCUAUACCUUUUUCUAACUGAAUAAUGUUACAGAGGUGGUUUUUGGUGGGUUUUUUGUUUUUUUGCAAAUUAAAAAUUAUUUGGAUUACUAAAGUACUUCAACAAGUUUGAAGAAGGCACGCAUACAUAUAUAAUGCAGACAUGCAGCCAUACAAAAGGAGGCAGCUGGCCAGUCCCUGGUGAUCAGUACGUGUGCUGUCCCUGGUCAUCACAACAUGCAAUAACAUAUAUACAUAUACAUAAAGGCAGUCCUUCAAGAGGGCAGCUCCCCCAAGUGCUCCUGUUGUGCAGACUGAUUGCAUUCGGUUGGACUUUAGCAGGUUGCCUGGACAAGAGCAAAAACCCACGUAGGAGCUGGAUAAAGACAUCUGAGGACAACUUUCAAUCUGAUCUACGUUCCAGCAGCAGCAGCAGCAGCAGCUAAUUUGAAAACGAGCAAGAGCACUGGAGACUUGGCAACCCUUCUUGGUCUUUCAGUCCAAAUAAGAGUGCAUUGAGGUUUAAAAUCAUGGUGCUUUUAUUACAAGACGCUUAAACCUAUAAAUAUAUGUAAAAGAUUUUAAUAGUUCUAUUCUUAGUAAUAACUGGUGUUUUGCAUUUCCUGUUAUAGAGAUUAAAAAGAGAUUCUCUAUUGUAAGUACCAGAACAAAAGGUGUUUUUUUCUGAAAAUACGCUGUAGACUUCCUCCUGCAAGUGCCUUUUCUCCCAACGGUUUAUUUAUAGGAAUGUUGGUAUUUGUAUAUACUUUUCUUUUUCCUUAACCAUGUUUCAGCGUUCCCCUGUAUGUAUAUAUUUAUAAAUGUAUAUACAGAAGGAUCAAAUGCAAAGAUCAAAUGGUUAGAAUGAUAGGGAAGGCCCUAAGUACUGGCAGGCAAUGAAUUUUGGCUGUAGAUACUGUAACAGAUGUGUCUGUGUAGAGAGUAUUUGUCUUAACUCUUGCUGUGCCUAACUUAAUGGGGGCGGGGAGCUUUUAAAAUGUAGGGCUUCUAUGAAUAGAUGGUUUAUUUUAUCUCAGUGCUGAUUUGCAUUGUAUUCUCAGUGAUGUGUCCUUGACUGAAUGAUGAGGGGACAAUAUUUGAGCUAAUGUAAAACUCUCCAGGUAUUUCUUUUAAUGACAUUGCAUUGAAAUGUAAUGCCGUUUUGAACAGUUCUACAGUGAGAACAUAACAAUUCUACACUGAAAGCUUUGUGUUGCUAAAGGCAUUGUCCCACAGAAGUUCUGUGGCCAAUACAUUUGGAGCAGAAAGAAAUGUCCCUGGAGAAAUCUGAAUGCCUAACACUGAGAAUUAACAAACAAACACAACAACUCGCUGUGUAGUCACAAAACCAUGCUGGCCCCGUAACCAUGGCUCAGUCUUUACAACAGGGGUGUCAAACUGCCGGCCCGCAGGCCGGACGGGUCACAUGGAAGCUGCACCCACCCCAUUGCCAGCAAUGGCAAAACCGGCCUGAUACAUUGCGCGACGUCACAUGACGUCGCGAGUUUGACAUGCCUGCUUUACAGUGACAGGACAGUAAUGCAGGCUGAAGCACCAUUUGCACUAGAGGGAUAAAGUGAGACUGAACAGCACACUUUAUACAUCGUGGCUCUCCAACUGCAUUUUGGGGAGAGCCUGGGAUUCUGUGAAGGUAGAUCAGUAACCAUAGGGAUCACCAUUACUGAAUAUCAAUUGUAUACAUGUCUGUAGGCAUUUGUUGAGUACUCUCAAUUUCUUCAGGGCAAAGACCUCUCAGCAUUGUACAAACUAGUGCACCCUGGAAUGUUUCUCCAAACUUUCUGUAAUGCACAGAGGUUUCUAGCACAGUGUUCUUCAAACUUGGUGACUUCAAGUCACUUGGCGACUAGCGUACUGCCUGGGAAAUUCCUGGGAUUUGAAGCCUAUACAUCUUUAAAGUUGCCAGAUUUGAAAAAGACUGCUCCAGCAGGUAAGCAAGGAGUGACUCUGAAGUACAUAAGUUGGAAAUCAUGACUUGGAUGUGUAAAGCUUAAAAACAAAAACCAAUAAUACUUCAAUAUUUUUAAGAUUCUUUGUAGGAGAAUGAUACAUGAGAGCAGUCCCCAAGUUUUUGGGCGCCAGGGACCGGUUCCGUGGAGGGCAAUUUUUCCGCAGGCCAGGGGUCAUAGUUUCGCACACUGCCUGGAUCCUAUGCCUGUGCGAUCUGAUUCCUGGCAGGCUGUGAACCGUUGGAGGUUCGCGGCCUUGGGGAUUGGGGACCCCCGAUGUAAGACAUUAGAAAAGUUCAUCGCCAUUCCAGAAAAUAGUUUCAUUAACCUAAAAUUUAUUAACCUAAACUUGUUUCUAUUAAAUGGAAAAUCGAGUUGAUAAAGGGGUGCUCAAUUUAUUAUCACAUGGAUUGCACUUCAGCUAGCCUUCGUGUUGGGGCCUCCAGCUACCGGUUUUAGGAGGGUUUGUUCCCAAGAGACUACUGAAUAAUUGUAAUUUGAACACAAAAAAGCUGCUUUCUACAAUAUUGAGAAUUUUUUAUUUUUUGUAUACUAAAGAUGAACUUUGUAAAUUUAUAAAUACUAUUUGCGGAUAUUACAUGAUUAUAUAGAUAGGGUAGAAUAUUCUUUUGCUAUCCUGUUGAACUGCUUUAUCAUUCAGACUUUUUUUUAAAUUGCUGACUUCCAUUUCAGAGUAUUUUGAUACUUUUUCUGAUUAAAUGACUACCUGUCAUUGGUGGACUUGUUUAAAAAGAAACUGGUCAAAACUUUUCACAAGAAACGUAAUGACUUUCUGAUCAAGGCAUUGUCACUGAAACCUGUUUAUGCUGCAAUAGGAACCUUAUAUAGAGGAAGAAAACCAACAGUCUGGCUUUUAAGUACCAGAGCUGUGGAAUAUCCCAUUUCAGAACAUUUACAAGAGUUUACUAUGUCUAAAGAGAAACUAUUUAUUUUUAAUUGUAGUGUUUCAAAGGCUGGAGAUUUGGGUGGCUUUGAAAAAGAGCUUGAUGUUAUGUAGACCCAAGAUGAUACACUAUGAUUUGCAUUUAAAUCAGUUUUUUUAAAAAAAAAAUAAUUGGCAUCAAGCAAGAAAAAAAUCCCAUGGGCUUGAAUUAUUUAUAUACAUUUAGCCUGUAAAUAAUUGCAGUUUUGUUUUUUUUAGUUAGAAUGUCUAUCUCCAUUUUGAGGUGAAGCUUUUCAUCUUAUUUACAUUUGUAUAUUGUGUUGAAAUUCUGUACUGGCACCCAUUUGACAUUUUUGUACUUUUUCUAAAUCCAAUAUUUCACAAUAAAAGCUUCUUAAAACCAGCAGUAUGCCUGUCUGCCUAUUGGGUUCCAGGACUGGGCAAAGGGAUAAUUUUAAUCUGGGGGUUUGACCAGCCUUUUCCAAGCUAAUGCCUAUAAACCUUAUCCUUUCUAGCCAACAUCUUUACUGUUCUAUAGUUCGUGUGUUUCACAGAUUGCCUGUAAUGAAUAAACAUUGAAAAUAAUAAAUGAGAUUUGAAGUUAUGA